AUGGCGCAAGUUCCGGUUCAAACGAUCCAUAGGGAUCCCCAGUUAUUCUACUGGAUCCUGUUUCCUAUCACGAUUGUCAUGAUCUUGACAGGCGUACUCCGACACUAUGCCUCCGUAUUGAUGCAAUCCGCCCCCAAGAAGCUCGACCAAAAGGCCAUCCGCGAGCAGCGUUCGCUCCUCCACGGCAUCAACGUGCGCGGCAACUUCCACGCGCUCUCCAAGAAGUCGUUCGCCACGCGCCGCGAUGCGCUCGUCACGGCCUUUGAGUCGGGCACCUAUCUCAAGGACCCCGAACGCGCCGGACAGGGCCAGCCGAACCCGCUGAGCGACCCGAGCUCGAUGGAGGGCAUGAUGGGCAUGAUGAAGAACCAGAUGGCCAUGAUCAUCCCCAACACCCUGAUCAUGAGCUGGAUCAAUGCGUUUUUCAGCGGUUAUGUUAUUAUGAAACUUCCUUUCCCCUUGACUAUCAAGUUCAAGAGCAUGCUUCAGGCUGGAGUUAUGACCAAGGAUAUGGAUCCCAGGUGGAUGUCCAGCAUCAGCUGGUACUUCCUCUGUAUCUUUGGUCUUCAGUCCGUCUUUAACUUUUUGCUCGGCAGCGACAAUGCCGCAAGCCAAAUGGCUCAGCAGAUGGGAGGAAUGGGCGCAGCACCGGGCGCUCAAAUGUUCGGCCCUGGCGUCGAUCCUGAUAAGCAGUUCAAGGCCGAGGCUGAGAACCUCGCAGUUAUCGAGCAUUACUCAGUCCUUGAUGAUGUCGAGGACCGUCUUCUGGAGGGCAUCGCAGUAUAG